AUGAUGAUAGAACACUUCAAAGAGUUUCUCACUGCUCAUUUCAAGUAUAAGGAUCUUGGCUCUCCAAAAUAUUUUCUGGGGAUUGAGAUUGCUAGAAACAACAGUGGCAUUUUCAUUUCCCAACACAAAUAUGCCUUAGAUCUUGUCACCGAUGCAGGCCUUCUUGGGUGUAAACCCUCUUCCAUACCCAUGGAUUCAUCCAAACAUCUGCAACAAGAUGAAGUGGAACCACUUACUGACCCUACUGCAUAUAGAAGACUCAUUGGCCGCCUAGUUUACCUCUGCAUAACUAGACCGGACAUCACUUUUGCAGUGAAUAACCUUAGCCAAUUUUUAUCUAAGCCUUGCUCGGGCCACAUGCUUGCAGCUGAAAAGGUUCUCAAGUACUUGAAAAGCACACUAGGCCAUGGCAUUUUCUACUCAGCAAAGUCAGCUUCAGACCUAAGCAUGUUCUCUGAUGCUGACUGGGCUGCCUGCCCAGAUACAAGAAGGAGUGUUUCAGGUUUUUGCCUUUUUUUGGGAAGCUCUCUAAUCUCUUGGCGCUCAAAGAAGCAACACACCGUUUCUAGGUCUUCGGCUGAAGCAGAAUACAGAUCGAUGGCCUUAGCAUGUUGUGAAGUGGUAUGGAUUCUAGCUCUAUUGAAAGACUUUGGUGUAUCAGUCAAACAACCCGUUCCUCUCUAUUGCGACAACCAAGCGGCAGUCUAUAUCAGCUCGAAUCCGGUCUUUCAUGAGCGCACUAAACACAUAGAAAUCGAUUGUCAUACCAUUCGAGAGAAGCUACUUGAAGGCAUCAUCAAACCUGUCCAUGUUCACAAUAACUUGCAGCUUGCGGAUAUUUUCACCAAGCCUUUGGCAUCAACUCCCUUUCACACCUUGUUGUCCAAGAUGGAUUUCACAACCGUUUAUAGUCCAUCUUGA